AUGUCCAGAGAACAGGUGAGCGUCUCUGAGCUCCUCCUCUCAUUGGACAGCUCGGAGCUGCAGGAGGCGGAGCGAGUGAGAGCCGCCGUUAACCAGCAGCUGAGUACAGACAGAGGAGGCGCUGUCCUCUCCUCUCUGGUGGAGUAUUACCUGGACUCCUCCUCCUCGCAGGCGGCGCUCCUCCUCUCCUCCAUCCGGGAGCCUCAUCACAAGGCGCUGCUGGAGAAGCUGAACGAGUCCCUGAACCGAGCCGGAACCAGACUGGCUGCCGUCACCCUGCUGGGUCACCUGAUCCGGAAGCAGCCGCCCUGGGUCCAUCACAUCAGCCAGUCGGCGCUGCUGUCGUCACUGCUGCGCUGCCUCAAGACAGAUGGUGACGUUGUGGUCCUCGUCACUGGAGUGCUGGUCCUCAUCACUCUGUUACCCAUGAUCCCUCAGGCUGGAAAACAACACAUCUAUGACUUCUUUGAUGUGUUUGGGCGCCUCGCCUCCUGGAGCUUCAAAAACCCUGGUCACGUGUCCGUGGUGUUGCUGGUCCACCUGCACGCCGGUGUGUACUCUCUGUUCCACCGUCUCUACGGGAUGUUCCCCUGCAACUUCAUCUCCUACCUGAGGCUGCACUACAGCAUGAAGGAGAACCUGGACAUCUUCCAGGAGGUCGUCAAGCCGAUUCUGGAACAUGUACGGGUUCACCCGGAGCUAGUUACAGGGACCCAGGACACUGAACUGGACCCAUCCAGGUGGAGACGUUAUGAAGUUCACGACAUUGUGAUCGAGUGCUCCAGGCUGUCUCUGGAUCCUCUGGAGUCUUCCUGUGAGGAAGACAUUUACUCCACUCCUUCACCCAGACCUCCCUCAGUAACCUUCCCUCUUCCUUACCCGGAUCUUAGCUCCGCCCCUUAUGACUCAGAGCUAGUCAGCAGCUCAGGAAGUUCAGUCCGUGGACAUCUACCUCAGCUGACACUCAGUGCCUCCACCUUGCAGGCUGAUGAUGUCACAUGGAGUCCCUCCUCUCAGUGCGGUUUGUCGACUCCCCCUCCUGAGCCUACAGCUAUAGUCUCCGCCCCCUCACUAAGCAGGUGCUCAUCUGUCUCAGGUGUGAUGUGUCCCUCACCAGCUUCCUUCCUUGUAACCCCACCCACUGAAGACAACCAGCAAUCCAACGCCAGCCACCAGGUGAAGCAGCAGCCAAUCAGAGCUCAGGAGAACGAUGUCUUCAACAACAACCUGAGCGGUGCAGACGUAAAACCACUGCCCUACUCUUCCUCUUCCUCCUCUUCCUCUCGGCACCUCCUCACCUCCACACCCAAUCGUGACAGCUCCUCCUCCAGUCUUCCCCCUCCCGCCUGCUCCGUCUCUCUCUGCCUCACCCCCACUCAUCCACCCUUCCAUCAAUCAGAGGAAGGAGGCUCCGCCCACUUGGACAGUAGCCCCGCCCCUCCGUAUGAGUCCCUGUUUGAGCUGGCUUUACCUCGAGCGGCCACGCUCUUCAUCGGGAGGAAGACUCAGGAGGCGCUGCAGAGAGCUGCAGGGGAGCAGAAGGAGGAGGAGCAGACCUCCAUCUCUCCUCUGAAGGCUUUGGAUCAGAUGAUCGUCCAUGGAAACGACUCUCACGAGCGCCUCAGCAGGAGGCUUUCUGUGGGAAACAAAAUGGUGGAUCGGAGUCAUUUUGGAGGUAAACAGCAGAGCAUGAAAAGCAAAGGCUCCGCCCAGGGGGAGGAGCUUCAGGCCCUGCGGAGCCAGCUGCUGCUGGUUCACGGUCAGCUUCAGUACGAGCGCUUCAAGCGACAGCAGCACGCCAUCAGAAACCGCCGCCUGCUGCGAAGAGUCAUCAACGCCACGGCGCUGGAGGAGCACAGUGUUGCCAUGAAGGCGCAGCUGGGCGUUCAGGACGGGGAGAUUCUGUGUCUGAAGUCGAGUCUGGACGAGGAACAAAGACGGUACAACCAGCUGAAGCAGGACAUGCAGGCGCAAACCGAGCAGCUGCGCGCUCAGAACCAGCAACUGCAGCAGCAGCAACUGGACCGGCAGCAGGAAAACCAGAAGCUGCAGAGCGAGCUUCAGGAGUGCCACAACAGGCUAAAAAAUGUGGAGGCGGAGCUUCAAAGGGCCAAUAUCAAGGCCUAUAAUGCAGAACACCAGCUGACCCAGCUGUCACUCAAGCUGUGCAGCAGUGAACAGCUGCAGCAGCACAUCUUCCUGCUGAACCAGCAGCUCGUCCUCCUGAGACAAACCAACCUAGCUCUGAGGGAACAGCUGGACGCAGGAGACGAGCACAGCUGGACCGAGGAGGCCAUGCUGCAGUGCACUGUGGGUAAGGACGUCCAGAGGCUGAAGGACAGGGACGUCCAGCAGAGACAGAAGCUGGAAGCAGCCAAUCACAGGAUAGUGGAGCUGGAGAACCAGCUGGCCAAGAAGGAGAAGCUUAUCAUGGAUCAGAAGAAGCUUCUGGAGGACUCCAAGAAUCAUAGCAGGGAGGAGCUGUCGGCCUCGGAGAGUCGCUGCGUGGCUCUGAGGAGAGUCACCCAGAGUCUGCAGGCAGAGAUGCUCCACCUGUACAGCCAGGUCCAGGUGGACGUGCAGACAGGAAGUGACGUGCACGGCCCGCCUCAAGGUGCCAGCAGCAGGCCAGGUGGCGAUGGCGUCUCCUCACCUGUGCAUCCGGGCGGCAACAAGCCCCGCUACUCCUCUUCUGCUGUUGGCAUCAUAAACGGUGCAGUGGAGACCCUGUCCUCCUGCUCCCCCCUUUCUGUCUCCCCCAUCGAGUCCCCCCUCGCUGUCGGAUCCUUCCUGGAGCAGCAGGCGCGCCGGUUGUUCGGGUCAACUGGUCAGAGCCCAGAGGAAGUGGAGGAGCAGCAGGAGGAGCAGGAGGAGGAGGAGGAGGAAGUUGAGACGGCCCAGUCAGAGAGCCCUCCUUUGGGUCAGGAGGUGGAGGAGGCCACCCUCCUUGCUGGAAGUCCACAGAUUGCGUCUUUGAGUCCGCCCCCCACCAACGCCCCUACGGCAGACCUGUCACUCACCGUCCGGCAGAGGAGAGAGGAGCUCAGCAUCAUGAACUACGACGAGCUGCUGCCCGAGUUCUGAUGGAGGGGGAGGAGUCAGGGGAGGUGAAGGAGAGAGCAGGAUGUGUCAAAGAUGUUUUAAACCAACGACAUCCAGCAGAAACAUGAUUCUUCAGUUUUUACCUGAAGCAGGAGGGACUAGUCUGGUUCUGGUCUGAUCGUGGUCUCACUAGACGCCACCUACACGUCUGGAAGACGUCUGCCGUCGCCAUGGAAACGACUCUGCUGCUGAUUUAACACAACAAACUCUUGGUUCUGACGUUGAUCUUCUUCCACCGGCGCUUCUCGG